AUGUACAACGGUCGAAUGGACCCCAUAGAGCACAUAAGCCAGUUUAACCAGAGGAUGGCCGUCCACUCCAAAGAUGAGGCUUUGAUGUGCAAAGUGUUUCCGUCCAGCCUGGGACCGAUAGCGAUAAGAUGGUUCGAUGGCCUCAGGCCAAACUCCAUAAAUUCCUUUAAGCAGCUGACCCAGGCCUUUGGCUCUCGCUUCAUCACAAGUAGUAGGGUUCCUCGGCCCUUGGAUUCCUUUCUGUCUUUGUCCAUGAGAGAAGGGGACACAUUAAAAGCCUACUCAGAUAGAUAUUGGGAGAUGUACAAUGAGAUAGAAGGUAACUAUGAUGAUGUCGCCAUCAGCACUUUCAAGAGCGGCCUCCCAAUUAAGCACGGUUUAAGAAAAUCCCUAAUAAGGAAGCCUGUUACCAGCCUACGCCAACUUAUGGACCAAAUCAACAAGUAUAAAAGGGUUGAAGAGGACCAGCAAUUGGGUAAGGGUAAAGCAAAAGUUGUCCCUUAUGAGAGGAGGAACUUCAGGUCGGACCGAUUUAACAAUAACAACCGGCCAAGGAGAGACUAUGCAGAGCAAUCCGGAUCUGCCGACAUGCAGGCAGUUAACGCUGUGUUUUGA